AUGCUCUCACGUGUUGCUGCUGUGAAGGCACCCCGCACACACAACCGUCGCCGCGUGACCGGAUCCAGCGGAAGGAGGAGGGAAGGAAGAGAGAGUGAGCCGCAGAGGCCCAACAUGUCCCGGCGUGUGUUUACUUCCGCGGUGCUGCUCCUCCUCGUGAUGAUGUGCUGCGGCAUUGGAGCUGCGGGAGUUGCGGAGCAGUCAGAUGAAGCGAAGUUUAAAUGGAGAGCCGUCACUGAUGGUGAAACUGUGGACUCGUUGGGUGUUCCAGCUCUUGUUGAGGUGAAUGGUAAAGUGUUUGCCGUUGCCGAGGCGCAGUGCAAGAAGAAGGAUAGUGAAACCAGCGUUUUUACUGGCAUUGCAUCCCAACUACUCACCAUAGAAGACGGUAAAGAACCGGAGGAAUUUUCUAGUGACAAAUUAAAGAAGACACAGAUUCUGGAGAAAGGUGCUUCCGAAGGUCAAAAGAAGAAAGUAGAUGUGAGCCGACCAACAACUGCUGUGAAGGAGAGUGAUAUUUACAUGCUUGUUGGACAACACAGCAGUAAAGAUUCUCAGAACAGUGGUGCAGGUGGCUGUGAACUUUUGCUGGUGAAAGGGAGCGUCAGUGGUGAGGGUACAAAUAACAAAAUUGACUGGAAGGAUACCGAAAGUUCCCCGCAAAGACUUUUUGGCGCACAGCUCGAUUCCUGGACAAGGCUCAUUGGAAGCGGUGGAUCGGGUGUUAAGAUGAAGGAUGAGACUCUUGUAUUUCCUGUGGAAGGCACGAAGAAGCCGGUUGGCACUGAAGAGGACGGAAAGACUGUCUCACUGAUCAUAUACUCGAAGGAUGCUACGAAUUGGACGCUGUCGAAGGAGGUGCCUGACGGUGGCUGCAGUGAUCCCUCCGUCGUGGAGUGGAAGGGCGAUAAACUCAUGAUGAUGACUGCGUGCGAUGACGGCCGCCGCAGGGUGUACGAGUCCGGUGACAAGGGGGAUUCGUGGACGGAGGCACUCGGGACACUCUCCCGCGUGUGGGGCAACGAACACGAUAAAAACGUGAAACCCGUUAGAAGCGGGUUCAUCACAGCGACGAUUCUUGUCGAUGGUGAAGAUGAUAAUAAGAAGAGAACUGUGAUGCUCGUUACUCUGCCGGUGUACCCCGAGAAUGGAGAAAAAGGCGUCCUCCAUCUUUGGCUGACGGACAAUACGCACAUUGUUGAUAUUGGGUCGGUAUCCGAUGAUGAGGACGUUGCCGCCAGCUCCCUGUUGUACAAAAGUGGUGAAACUAAUGAGGAGGAGUUGAUUGCACUGUACGAGAAGAAGAAGGACGAUGGGGAAUUAUCACUCGGUAUGGUCUCUGUGCUCCUGACUGCGCAGCUGCAGCGGGUGAAGGAGGUGCUGGCGUCCUGGAAGGAAGUGGACAAACGUGUCUCCAAGCUGUGCCCCACUGAGAAUGCUCUGGAGGACACCUCAACUGGCAAUGCCUGCGGCGCUUUUAAGAUCACGGAAGGGCUGGUUGGCUUUUUGUCCGGCAACUUCUCUGAUGGCACAUGGAAGGACGAGUACCUCGGGGUGAACGCCACAGUAAAUAAAAAAGAAGGGUCGGCCAGCACGGAGAAGGGCGUGACUUUCACAGGGCGUGGUGCGUGGGCGGAGUGGCCUGUUGGCAAGCAAGAGGAGAAUCAGCUGUACCACUUUGCGAACCACAACUUCACUCUUGUGGCGACGGUGUCCAUAGACGGUGAGCCGACGAAGGAGGGUUCUAUUCCAUUGAUGGGUGCGAAGAUGGAUGACGAUGAUAAGACUGUACUCCUGGGACUGUCGUACGACAAGGAAAAUAAGAGGGCAGUGCUGUGCAGUGGCGGAAAGACCAGGGAGCACAGCAGCACUUGGGAGUCACAGACACAGUACCAAGUGGCCAUUGUGCUACAGAAUGGCGCCCAGGGCUCCGCGUACGUUGAUGGUGAACAUGUGGGAAAUGUGCAAUGCGAAUUGGGAAAUACGGAUUCUAAAGGGAUUUCUCACUUCUACAUUGGAUGGGAUGGAGUCAAUGCAGGGAGCAAAGAAGAAGUGUCUGUGACGGUGAGGAAUGUCCUGCUGUACAAUCGCCCGUUGACUUUCGAAGAGAUUGACGCCCUCAACCCGAAUAAAGCCUCCAUUUCACCUCCUGAAGAUCUUACCGCAGCGGUGGUGGUGGAUACUCCUUCGACAGUGGUGAGCGGACCAAUUGCACAGAAAACCGUGUCCGUGUCCACUCCUGGCGGAUCCACGGUGAAUCAUGAGUCGAGCGCAAGCUCUGCUGAGGAUGAGGAGACGGUGGGAGGAACGGAUGCGCAGAAGGAAGAGGUCCAGCCACAUGACGGGGAAGUAAAUGCCACGGCACUCAACAGCAGCCUCGGAAAUGUGUCGCAGGGGAAUAACAGCGAUGGCGGCAACAUGCGUGGGAGCGGACUGCCAUCGCCGUUGCUUCUGUUGGGACUGUGGGGGUUUGCGGCUCUGUGA